UCAGGCAGGCAAAGUGCACCACUCCCCUCCCCCGCCCAGACCUGGGGCCUCCGACACCCAAAGUUUCGAAGCUCUCGCCUCAGCUCUGACCUGCCGUACAGCAUGGCAGCCUCUAAAGGCGUGGCCCACAGCACGGCUAGCCGUACAACAUGGCCGCCUACAAAGCGGGAACCGCUCCUCCUCCCGCCCAAUCACCGGAAGUUUCCAUUUGAAAGCCCGGCGGCAGACCCGGUCGCUGGUGCGGCAGUUACCGAGGAGCAUCCUUUGAACCAGGACGACGAGGGCUGCGCGCAGGAGCUGCAGGAUCCUGGGGCCCAGCCGUGCCGUCUCGUUACGAUGACCAGCGUGGUUAAGACAGUAUACACCCUGCAGCCCCCCGCUGUGCAGAGCUGCAGCCUGCAGGCAGACACACAAACUCGAGCCACUUCUAAGAGCCUAUUACCCGUCAAGUGCAAAGAAGUGGAUGUUUCCAGGCUUCACUCAGGAGGUUCAGAGAAUGAUGUUACAAAAAUCACUAAACCAAGACGAGAGAAUGGGCAGGUAAAAGCUGCAGACACUGCCAUCAGGAAGAACGUCAGAAAGAGCUACAAACCAUUGAGUAAGCAGAAAUCAGAGGAGGAGCUCAAGGAUAAGAACCAGCUCUUAGAGGCCGUCAACAAGCAGCUGCACCAGAAGCUGACUGAAACUCAGGGAGAACUGAAGGACCUGACCCAAAAGGUGGAGCUGCUGGAGAAGUUUCAGGACAGCUGUUUGGCAAUUUUGGAGAGCAAGGGCCUCAACCCAGUUUUAGGCACUGAGACCCUGGCAUCACAGCAAGAAUCCACCGCAGAUCACACGGACUCUAUGUUGCUGUUAGAAACCUUGCAAGAUGAGCUGAAGCUUUUUAACGAAACAGCCAAAAAGCAGAUGGAGGAGUUACAGGCCUUAAAAGUAAAGUUGAAGAUGAAAGAAGAAGAGAGGGCCCGGUUCCUAGAACAGCAGACAUUAUGUAACAGUCAAGUAAAUGAUUUUACAGCAAUCCUUGAGGAAAUGGAGCAGCUAUUGGAAAUGUGAUAAAAAGAAAGUGACCACACGGCUCCCUCAGGGGAAGCCACUUAGGACAUCUGCUUCUUGGCCAUGACCUUCUAGGACUCACCAGCCCCAGAAUGGAAACAUCUUCUGCAGUAGGAUUAAGGACGGUCUAUGCUGGGAUGGCGGUUCCUCCUUUAGGCAAGCGUGCGCCACCCUCAGACUGGUGGGCUGUCCUGAACCCCACACACACAUAAUCCAGGCCGACAAGAGGGGGCCCCCCAGAAGCUUGGAUCAACGUUCUAGGCAACAGAGCGGCAGGCCGUUAGAGUCAGGAGACUAAACCAGCCACAGCCAGAGGAUCCCAAAGUCACAUCCAGAUGCGUGGGAAGAAAACCUUAGCGGUGCGGGGGAGCGCAGAGGCUCCGCAGGACACAUCACUGAGAAGCGAUGCUGUCCCCUUCAACCUGGAACACAUUCGGUCUCAUCCUGGUUGGGCUCUCUACCUCACUGUAAAUUAACGCGAAGUUAUUGCAAUGGCUUGAUAAAUGGGGUGAAGGUAUAGAUAGCGAGAACACCCACCUGAAAUAAUACACCUUGGAGCUUUUAAUCAAAAUCACUUCUGAUUUUUUUUUUUUAUUAAGUGCUACUUUUAAAAUAAAUAUUUCUGUGACUAUCCGGACUACAACAUUGAGAAAUGAAAAUAUGCCUUUUAACUGAAGUCUGUCCACUGAAUACUCCUGACCUGAUCCAGUGAGCAAGUUCAAGACCCCAGUGUAACCCAGACUAUCUCUCUUCCACUUCAGUGCUCCGUGGCUAGCCCUGUUGUCUUCCAGGAGCGGUAGCUGGUCUUCUGGGGGUGUCCCCUGUUCGUAGCAGUGGGCGCCCGACUCUGUCCCCCAGCUGUGUGCCACUGGCUGCCUGUGUCCUCCCUCUAUUCCUGAGCCUGGUUACCUACUGCUCUUUGCACAGCCAAUCCUAGGCCUGGCCCCGCGGAUCCUUCCUUAGCCAGCUGAAGUCCGUGGUGGGCUUCCCCCCUGGUUCACCAAAGGCACAGCUCUAUUUCAGUUCUUAGUUGAUCUAGGCAGACUUUGGCUUUGGCUAUCUUCCAUUUUUUUUCUGCAUCUUCCAAUUUCUUCACCAACCCCCCACCCCGCCACCUCCACUCUUGAGCAUUGAGGCUACCACACAAUCAGGCCAGGUAACACCCCCACCCUAACUGUCAGGGCUAAAUUUCUUUGCCUUCACACACAAACAUCCACACAGUUGCUGAUGUCCCAAAAAUUAUGAGGGGGAAACUCAGUUACCUAACUCUCACCAGUGAGAAGGGCUGAGUAUUUUCUUCUGCCCCUUUUCAGCAUGUUUAUAGUUUAAAAAGAUUGUUUACCCAAACGCAUUUGUAAUUGGCAUUUCUGUCCCCCUCCCCCCAAAAAAGUUCUACUAGCUUCUUGGAAGAAGGAGGAGAGCUCAGCUGUGGGAUUAUCCCCUCCUUGUCAGGCCUCCCUAGUUAACACCUAGGAAUGUAACUCUCAAGGCCUGUGACUCCUCUCUCCCAGCGCCAAAACCCUGCUGGCUGGCAGCUUGGGCUCCUAAGGGGCCUUCACCUCACGGUUCUUUAUAUCACCAGCUGGCAUCCGUGUACCUUUGCCUUCUCUCCAGUUUCCUCCGACCUCUGUUGCUCCAGCUGCCUUUUGUACACGCAGAGGUGUUCUAGAUGCUUAAUCUGUCUGGCACCUGGAUGAACUCAUGUUAUAGAAACUCAGCAAACGGUGGCCUGUACCUUCCACUUUGCCAGAUGCUAUGGGAAACUUACGUAGCAUGGCAUUCGUAACCUCAAAGAUGCUUGCCGUCUGUUCGGUAAAACUUACAUGUGCAGGUGACAUAAAAGUGAAAUAACAAACAGCAACACUUGACUCGGUGCGUGUGCGACACAGUCGUGCGCUCUAGCACGUCACUAUGGGCUAGUUUGGUUGGGGAGGGCUCGAUGAAGGAGGUCGACUGGAGAUUGAAGGAAGAGCGACGUUUGGAGAGGCCAGCUAGAAAGCGGAGGAACUUCCAGGUCGGUGAACACGCGGAGGUUUGGGGAGCGGGCAAGCUCAGGUCAGGGCAGCUCCACUUCCGUCCCCCACACCUCGCCCUCUGCACCUCUCCUGCCUGGCUGUUCUGAAGUUGGCCUGUGCAUGAAACUGAUCAUCUAGAAAACAAAAUGCUUCUCUGAGUCUGUGAACUGCUUUACAAAUUAUACCCCCAAGGAGGGGGGUCUCAUUGGAACCUCCAGGGAGAAAAUAAAACCAUGCAAUGCUGAAAGAAAGAAAGAGCUAGAGGGAUAUCCAGAUGAAUCUUGGGGAAGCGAGUUGGGGGACUGGGCUUAUUCAGAGGUUCGAGGUGAGAGAGGAUUAUGUCUGACACGUAAUUGAGCACGGGUACUGUGUCCUACACGGUGCCUAUACACAGAACUCCUUGCUUCACUUCUCAGAUAAUCCUCAUGACCACCACAAGGUAAGCACAAUUACCUCUUUUUACAGCCAGGGAAGUAGGCUCAGAGAUGUUAGGUUGAUGUCCCCAAGGCCAAACAACAAGCAAAUAUUGGAGAAAGAUUUGAGCCAGGAAGUUAGUGGGGAUGGGAGGUACUUGGUGUCAGUAGAAGUCUUGAAGAUCCUUGAAUGCCAGGCUAAGAAGUGUGGAUUUUUAUCAUCUAGGCCAGAGGUUUCCAAACUUUCUCAGUUCAUGAUGCCCCUAGUUAGUGUCUUAGUAAUGUUUCUGACACCCAAAGAAGUAUCGAUGGUUUUAUUUUAAGAGGUUAGAUCCAACAACUUAGUAGGUAUUUGGAAAAAAUAUUUUUAUUUCAUUUUUAAAUAAUGACAAUUAUUCACUAAUGAAAUUGUCAACACAAAGUGAACGAACUUUUUAGAAUCUCUAAAAGUGAGGAGGGGUGUCUGGGUGGCUCAGUAGGUUAAGCUGCCAACUCUUGGUUUCCACUCAGAUCAUCAUCUCAGGUUGUGGGAUCAAGUCCCACUUCGGGCUCAGCGCAAUCUCUUGUCCCUCACCCUCCCCAUCUGUGCCUCCCCCACCCCCACCGUCUCUGCUAAAAAAUAAAAGUAAGGAGUCUUGUUAGGACAGCUGCUUGGGUAAACAUGACCUUUAACAAAAAAGAAAGUGCUUCAGUGUAUGAACAGGUUUUUUGUUUGUUUUAAAGAUUAUUUAUUCAUUAGAGAGCUAGAGCACAGGCAGGGGUAGGGUCAGAGGAAGAGGGAAAAGCAGACUCCUCACUGAGCAGGGAGCCAACAUGGGGCUCCAUCCCAGGACCCUGGGAUCAUGACCUGAUCGGAAGGCUGAGCCACUCAGGCACCUGGAGAAUCAACAGUUUUUAUGGUGUUAUCCUUUUUUACAUCUUGUAAAAGCUCAAAAGAUUACUUUUUUAAGAUUUAUUUGAGAAUGGGCUGGGGGGGGUUGGAAUCUCCAGCAGCCUCCCCUCAGAGCCCAAGGCAGGGCUCAAUUCCAUGACCCUGAGAUCAUGACCUGAGCCAAAAUCAAGAGUCUGAUGCUUAACCAGCUGAGCUACCCAGGCACCCCUCUUUGGUUUUUUUUA